AAUUGUUGCUAUCCGACAGAAGAAAUUGGUGAAAGUGUUAGCUAUCGAUGUAUGUUGAAUUCAGUGUACAAAACUCAUAUCUACCGACAACGUGGGGUUAAGUACGAGAUUGGUCCUCUAUGUUGGCCUUACGAAGAACCACGAGUGGAAGAUAAUUACAGGAAUGUAGCCCCUGAAGUAUCUACAGACACUUGGAUACCCGGCGACGUGCCUGUGGAAGUAUUCUACAACCUUCGGUCUUUGACUAGCUUUGAGAUAACUGAUCUAACAGAUUACAAAUUUGAUUUACUUCUGACGCCUCCCUUAGGAUUUAGUUACAAAUUUAUUGGAGCUGGGCAAGUGUCGUUGCCGAUCAAUCAGACCUGGAGCUUUCAUUGA